AUGUCUCCGACCCCCUCUACCACGACGCCAACAUGGCAUCAUUUCGAGAAGAAGGUCGAAGAUGUGAAACCUUCAAAGAGUGAUAUCAACUUCCUUGUGAUGGAUUAUCUGGUCGCGAAUGGCUAUCCAUCUGCUGCGCAGAAAUUUGCUAUAGAAGCAAAUAUUCAACCACAGCCCGACCUGGAGUCGAUCCAAGAAAGGGUAGAGAUCCGAAACGCUAUUCAUUCAGGUGACAUUAAGUCUGCCAUUGAAAAAUUGAAUGAAUUGAACCCUCAGAUUCUCGAUACCAACCCAUCUCUCCACUUCUCUCUUCUACGACUACAGCUCGUUGAAUUGAUACGGACUAGUACAUCUACUCCAAAUGGAGAUAUCACACCUGCUUUGGACUUCGCAACGUCUCAUCUCGCACCUCGCGCACCCACUAACCCACAGUUUCUUGAAGAUCUGGAAAGGACGUUGUCUCUCCUGAUCUUUCCUUCAGAUAAUCUGGCUCCCUCGUUAGCUGCACUACUGGACCCAGAACUCCGGAAGAGUAUCGCAUCCCGUGUGAAUGAAGCUAUUCUCCAAAGCCAAGGUGCGCGCCGGGAGGCACGUCUUCGUAACCUUGUCAAGCUACGAUCCUGGGCAGAACAGAAAGCGCGUGAAGCCAAGAAAGAUUUGCCUGACAAACUCGACAUUGGUCUCGAGCAAGAUAGGAUGAGUAAUAAUAACAACAAUGGCCAGAGCGAAAGCCAGAAUGGUAGCACUGAUGAUGCUAUCAUGCAAGAACAGGGAGGGGUGGAUCCGAUGAUAUCAUAA